GAGGUCUCUGGGUAUCCAACCCUUUAGAGGGAGGUGGUUUGGCUCAGAAAUCUCGCCGGAAGGGACUUUUCCACCGAAAACUUUGCCCAGAAUGCGCCCCAGUCCAGACAGGUGCAGGAACUUUUGCGCGGCCGCGCCUCGGCCACUGCUCUAAACGGCCGCUUAGAGGCCGCAAGAGCUUAGGUCGCGAGUGCCAAGGGGAACCUGCGUCUGGAAGCGGGUCUCAGGGAAGAACACCGGACCCGGGGGACCCGCCAGCCCUCUUCCAAAGAACCCGCGGUCCCGCGCGCCCCUCGCGGCGAGCGGCGCUGGUAACCGGCGCCCAAUCAGCGCUCUCGCCGGGUCUGUGACGGCGUUCGGCCCCGCCCCUUGACUGGGCUAAAAGGCCUCAGAGAAGGCUUCAGCCCAGGGUUCCGCGCGCUGUCCUGCGCCCCGACACGGCUCCCAGGUGAGGAGCAGCGCAGCGCCCCAGUGCGGCGACCUCACCUAGUCCGGCCCGGGCCCGAGCAGCGGCGGUCCCCCCGACGCUCCCUUUCCCCUGCAGGAUGAAGAACCCAAUGCUGGAGGCGCUGUCCCAAUUGCUGGAGAAGCUGCUCCUCAUCUCCAACUUCAAGCUCUUCAGUUCGGGCACCCCGGACGAAGACAAGGCGAGGAAUAGUUACUAUGAGAUCAGCUCCUUCCUUCGCGGCGACGUGCUGGAAGUGCCCCGGACCCACCUGACCCACUACGGCAUCUACCUGGGCGACAACCGUGUUGCCCACAUGAUGCCCGACAUCCUGUUGGCCCUGACCAAAGACAAGGGGCGCACGCAGAAGGUGGUCUCCAAUAAGCGUCUCAUCCUGGGCGUCAUUGGCAGGAUAGCCAGCAUCCGCGUGGACACAGUGGAGGACUUCGCCUAUGGAGCCGACAUCCUGGUCAAUCACCUGGACAAGUCCCUCAAGAAGAAGGCGUUGCUCAACGAAGAGGUGGCGCAGCGGGCGGAGAAGCUGCUGGGCCUAACUCCCUACAGCCUACUGUGGAACAACUGUGAGCACUUUGUGACCUACUGCAGAUUCGGCACCUCGAUCAGCCCCCAGGCCGACAAGUUCUGUGAGAAUGUGAAGAUAAUUAUUCGUGAUGAGAGAAGUGUUCUCGCUUCAGCGGUCUUGGGAUUGGCAUCUAUAGUCUAUCUGGGCUUGGCAUCCUAUACUACCCUUCCUGCAAUUUUUAUCCCAUUCUUCUUAUGGAUGGCUGGCUAACUUCAUAUCCCCAUGUCAGUGUUAUAUUCUGUGUGUAAAUAUGUUUAUAUAGAGAGAGCACAAGUCAGUAUAAGCAUCGUCGAGAAAAAUGUGACCUGUAACACUGUAUUCUGGAUAAAAAUGUGACUAAGAAUCACCCAAAGUGCUUACUGUGUAAGCCCAAGAACAAAGGCUUUCUGAAUCUUCUCAGUUCGAUUUUAAAGCCCUGUGCAGAUCUUGGAAACAUGACAACUUGUGAUAGAAUUCAUCAUUACAGGGGCUCCUGGGUGGCUCAGUCGUUGGGCAUCUGCCUUUGGCUCAGGUCAUGAUCCCAGGUUUGGGGGAUUGAGCCCCGCGUCGGGCUCCCUGCUGUACUGGAAGUCUGCCUCUCCCUCUCCCCCUGCUUGUGUUUCCUCUCUCACUGUGUCUCUAUCUGUCAAAUAAAUAAAUAAAAUCUUAAAAAAAAAAAAGAAUUCAUCAUUACAAGAGAACCGACCCCUAAGAUGAUGGCCACAGGAGAUUAUUUAUUUAUUUUUUUUCUCCUAUAAUCAUUGUUCUUCUCAGGCCUGAGUUGGAAGAUUAGAAGACUUAUUGAAUAAGACCACUAACUUCAUUGUAAAUUUAUUGUUUCAUUGAAAAACUUAUAUUAAACUAAAAGAAUUUCCCUCGUUCAGAUGAGAACAUGUUUGAUGAUUGGCAAAAAAAAAAUUCCCAAUCUGUUUUUUUUCCAUGCAUUAUAUAUAAUUCCCAAUAAGUCAAAAAUACUUUCAUUACUUGAAACCAUGUUGGCGAAGUUAGAGUUUAAUGAUAAAGUAACUGACUAGAACUAUAGAAAUCUGUGUUUUCCUGCAGAAAUAAGCUACUAUAGCAUCAGUUGAACAAUCUGAUUUGGCUUUACUUACUCGGAAGCCUGGCAUUCAUUUUUGUUUUUUUUUUCCUUUUAUGUGUCACUCUGGUGACAUUAAACCACUCUGAGAGGUAAAUGGAUAUAGGAUUGAAGUAAUUUGUAUACUUGGAGUGUGUAUGUGCCAAUUAAAUAGGCAAAUGUCUGCAUAUACACAGACUGAUGAGAAACAAAUGUUGUUCUUGAUUGCUUUAUAAUACCAGUGUGGUUACUAGAGAGCAUUUGUAGAAGUGAAUGGAAAAACAAGUUUAAUCUGUUUUCUUAUGACCUUGCAUCCAUGGUAUAACUUUCAUUUAUGUCAUUGGAUGGUUUACCUUUUAAAGCACUUACUAAUGUACUGUAUAAUUUUUAAAAGUCCUCAGAUUUGUCUUCUAACAGAUUUCUUAAUUUCAUUGCAAAGUAUAGUUUCCAUCCUUAAAAGAAGGAUGCCACAAGGAAAUAACUGUUUGAAGUAGUUCCUGAGUGUCUUAGUGCCACCAGGUGUGUAAAUUGAUUACACUGAGGCUGUUUUAAUGUCAGGGUUGAGAUGUAGCACUGUUAAAGCAAGCUUCAAAUACUUUCAUAGAAUUACCAAAUUAUAAAAACUAGGCCACAAGCUAGACUUGCAUUUCAAGUAUUCAGAUUGCCUUAUAAACUAUCAGGAAUCACAAGAUGAUAAGUCACAUAAUGAGUGAUAUGGGGAGACUAGAGUUGGUUACUCAGUGAUCUAACCCAACAAAUUUAAGAGCAGAUUUUAGUGUAGCUGAUGUUUUACUGCCACUAAUUUACAACAAAUUCAGUUGGAGUUUAAUAAUAAUCGAACUUUGUGUUUAGUCAUUUAAAAUGUUUUUAAAUAGUCAAAACACAAAAUGGCAACACCACAGAAUAAAGGCUCUCUGGGCCUAUUCCAAACACUUAAAAUUAUCUUAAGUGUGUAUACAUGAAAGCAAUUUUAUUGUAUUAGUGUUUUUUUUACUUACUGUAUAUUACCUUUGUAGCAUCUGUUUAAAUAAAUUGAUUUUUUUAAAUAUACGAUGUCCUCCUAAAUAAAUACCUUUUUUGCAGACUUCAGUAUUUCAGGUAGCAAAAGCCACUGCCUGAUGUUAAAUCUGUGUUCACAGAUAAUAAUCCCUUAUUAAAUGCUAAGGGAAGUAUUAAGGUUAGAAUUAACAUAAUUAGUCUUACUUCAUAUCCUUAAAGUAAGAUCCAAUUCCUCAUUCAUCUGAGUGUUCAUUAUAUGCCAGGCAUUGACCUGUUGUAAUUUCAUGGUCUAGAAUUAAUAUUAUUAUUUUUAAACUACCUAUAUUAGAGUGUAUACAGUGCUACGGGAAUACAGAGGAAGAAGCAAUUAAGCAAUUCCCGAAGGUCAGAGAAAUCUGAAGUAGGCAAUCUGGCAUUAGGUUGAGAAGUAGUAGGAGGUAAUUUCAUCACACCCAUGUGUUCUACUAUUUAUAGGAAGAGGAAACUGGAAGGUUUUAUUUAUCCAAUAUUCCACAACUCUAGAGUUUGUUGAACUUAGGACAAAGGAAAGUUUUGUUUUGUUGUGCUCAGUUUGAUUAGUUGCUAAACAAGGUAGAAGCAGCACAGAUCUCUGAUCGCGGUCAUGGAAGAAACUGAGCCAUUCCUGUGUCUCUGAUGAAUGCCUCUGGGCUUCAUUAGUUAAGAUUCAUCCUUAGGAUUCUGCAAGUCCCUUACUGUUCUAAAUUUACCUUCUAACUUGUGAAAUGAGUACUGCCUAAGGCAGCUUUUUGUUGCUUAUUUUGUUGUCAUAUGUAGAUGAAGGCCAAAGAACUAGCCGGGGCUAAGGUGAAAUUAUGUGUCAAGUACCAUGCAGAUAAUAGGAAUGAAAAGAAGAAGGAGACAUGGACCUCAAAGUUUAUGGCCUCACUGACAUAGAAGCAUUAAGACUAUGCAAUAGAGCUGGUGUAAAGCACAGAAAAUGACCUGGUUAGUUUUAACCGAUAAGGCCAAAAUUAUAGGGACUGGGUACUGAGACUUGGAAACAUGGGAUGUUUUCCAGGGAUACAGAUUUUGAGUAGGACAUUCUACACAUUGGGAACAGUAUGAGCGAAUGCAGGAAAACUACCCACACCAUGCCUUGCACACAAGUGGGAGGCACUCGACUGUUCGUUGACUGAAGCAUGGAACUGCAUGGGGCAUUCAGGCAGAGGCAAGUGGUUCAGACGCUAGAGUGGAGCAAGGUUGAUAAGGAGAGGUGUUGGAAAAAGAGAACAGUGAUCAGGUGAGUACAAGUUUUGUGCAGACCAAGAAGUUUAGACUUUAUGAACAGGCAGUGGAGGUUUGAGUUCAGCAAGGUAACUCCCAAAAGUAUAGAGGAAUGAUAGGGCAUGGGGCAAGACAGGACAAAGGGCUCUCUUAGGAGACUAGUUAUGGUCCUUAAUCUCUCAAAUCAGGGCCUGUAAUUGUGAGGGUGGGGAGCAAACAUGUCAAGGAAAUGUCAGCAGACUAGCCAAAUCCUUCUAUUUGACUCAUGAGUAACUGUUGGUAGGGUGUCAGGGAGGAGUCAUGCAUCCCUUCCUGCCAAAAAAUUAGUUCCUGAAAUAUAACUUCGUGUGGUGACUGUAUGUAUAUUGGAUAUUCCAGAUCUUUGUUUUGCUAGUUCUGUGUCUUUGCAAGGACAAGCAAAGAAUUACAGAUUUGUUGUUUAAAAAUUUUUUUUCGGAAUAGAGAUGUAUUUCUUAUUUUUCCAUUUCUGUUUUAUACUAUUACUGUCAAAUAUGUAAAAAAAAAAAAUGUUUCCCAGUGAUAUCACAGUUACAUCAAUGGCCAAGUCUUGUUGUGAUAGAUGAGAAGCAUAUAAGAAAUGAUGGUUGCCAAUAUUGUGUUUUAUAUAAUCUGUUUAGAGAUUUUUAUCUAACUGAGAUCUGUUAGCUCAACUAGUUUUAUAUUUGGUAUAUAUGUGCAUGAAAUAAAAUCAAUUUUAUAU